AUGCAAAUUAUUCUUUCUUUUCCUCAUCUCGUUCUUUUUUCUUUCUCCGUUCUUUCUCUGUUUUUUUCUUUUUUUUUUCCUUUCUUUUCUUUCUUUCAUUUUUUUUUCUUUCUUUCUUUCUUUCUUUCUUUCUUUCGAUGUUCUUUCCAGCCAGGUCCACUUCUUUUUUGUUUGUUUGUUUGUUUGUUUCUUUUUUCUUUCUUUCUUUCUUUUUUUCGUCGGCCUUUUUUUCCCAAAUUCCAAUUUUUGAACCCCUUUCGUUCAUUUCUUCUUUUGAUUGGGUUUUUUUCUUUUUUUUAUCUGCAAAUUUCGUUCUUUCUUACGUUUGUUCUUCUUUCUUUCUAUUUCUUUUGUCUUUCUUUCUUUCUUUUCAAUCCAAUUUUUUUCUUUCUUUUUUCCCUCUCACUUUUUCCUUCUUUUUUUUCGUUAAGUUCAGUUUUCUUUCAAUGUUUCUUGGGUUUCUUUCUUUCUUUCUUUUUCUUUCUUUCUUUCACGUUCGUUCUUUCUUUAGUUUCUUUCUUUCUUUUCUUUCUUUAUUUUCUUUCAUUCGUUAAGCGACCUUUUCCCUCUCACUUUCGUUCUUUUUUGGAUUUCGUUUCGUGUUUCGUUUUCUUUUCUUUCUCUUAUCUUGCCCUUCUAAAAUUUCUUUUUUUUUUCUUUCUUUUUCUUUCAUUUGUUUUUUUUUUUAUUUUCCCUCUUUCGUUUUUCUUUCUUUGGUUUCUUUUUUUCUUUUUUUUUCUUUCAUUCGUUUUUCUUAAUUUUUCCUCUCAGCCGCUUUUUCUUUUGGUUUCUUUCUUUCUUUCACAAGAUUUCUUUCCAUUGUUUCCUGUUUCUUUUUUUUUGUUUGUUUGUUUCUUUCUUUCUUUUUCUUUCUUUCUUUCUUUCUUUUCGUUUUCUUUUUCUUUUUUCACUUUUCUUUCUUUCUUUUUUCGUUUUCUUUCUUUCGUUUUUUUUUUUUCUUUCUUUCUUUUUUUCUUUUUUCUUUCUUUCUUUUUUUUUUUUCUUUCUUUCUUUCUUUUUUUUUUUUCGUUUCUUUCUUUUUUUUUUUUUUCAUUUUUUUUUUCGUUUUUUUUUUUCCUCUUUCUUUCGUUCUUUUUUUCGUUUCUUUCUUUCUUUUUUUCUUUAUUUCAUUUCUUUUUUUUUUUUUUUCGUUCUUUCUUUUCUUUUUUUUUUUUUUUUUUUCUUUUUUUUUUUCGUUUUUUUUCUUUCUUUUUUUCUUUUUUUCUUUUUUCUUUCCAUUUCGUUUUUUUUUUUUUUUUUGUUUUGUUUUCUUUCUUUCUUUUUUUCUUUUUUUCUUUUUUUCUUUUUUUUUCGUUUUUCUUUCUUUCGUUCUUUUUUUUUUUUUCUUUUUCUUUCUUUUCUUUCUUUUUUUUUUCGUUUUCUUUCUUUCUUUUUUUUUCGUUUUCUUUCUUUCUUCUUUUUUCGUUUUCUUUCUUUUUUCUUUUUUCGUUUUCUUUCUUUCUUCUUUUUUCGUUUUCUUUCUUUCUUCUUUUUUCGUUUUCUUUCUUUCUUUUUUUUUCGUUUUCUUUCUUUCUUUUUUUUUCGUUUUCUUUCUUUCUUUUUUUUUCGUUUUCUUUCUUUUUUUUUCGUUUUCUUUCUUUCUUCUUUUUUCGUUUUCUUUCUUUCUUUUUUUUUUUUUCUUUUUUCUUUUUCGUUUUCUUUUUUUUCGUUUCGUUUUCUUUCUUCUUUUUUCUUUUUUCUUUCUUCUUUUCGUUUUCUUUCUUUUUCUUUUUUUUUUUUCUUUUCUUUCUUCUUUUUUCGUUUUCUUUCUUUCUUCUUUUUUCGUUUUCUUUCUUUCUUCUUUUUUCGUUUUCUUUCUUUCUUCUUUUUUCGUUUUCUUUCUUUCUUCUUUUUUCGUUUUCUUUCUUUCUUCUUUUUUCGUUUUCUUUCUUUCUUCUUUUUUCGUUUUCUUUCUUUUUCUUUUUUUUUUUUCUUUUUUCUUUUUUUCGUUUUCUUUCUUUUUUUUUCGUUUUCUUUCUUUCUUCUUUUCUUUUUUCUUUCUUUCUUCUUUUUCAUUUUUCUUUCUUUCUUCUUUUUCGUUUUCUUUCUUCUUUUCUUUUUUCUUUUCUUUUUUCGUUUUCUUUCUUUUUUUUUCUUUUUUUUUUCUUUCUUUUUUUUUCUUUUCUUUUCUUUCUUUCGUUUCUUUCUUUCUUUCUUUUCUUUUUUUCUUUUCUUUCUUUCUUUCUUUUUUUUUUUUUUCUUUUCUUUCUUUCUUUCUUUUUCGUGUUUUUCUUUCUUUUUUUUUCUCGUUUCUGUUUUUUCUUUCUUUUUUUUCGUUUUCUUUCUUUCUUUUUUUCGUUUUUCUUUCUUUCUUCUUUUUUUCUUUCUUUUUCUUUCUUUUUCUUUCUUUCUUUUUUCGUUCUUUUUUCUUUUUUUCUUUCUUUCUUUCUUUUUUUUUUCUUUCUUUCUUUUUUUCAUUUUUCUUUCUUUUUCUUUUUUUUGUUCUUUCUUUUUGUUUGUUUUUCGUUUUCUUUCUUUCUUCUUUUUUUUUUUCUUUCUUUCUUUUUUCAUUCGUUUUCUUUUUCUUUUUCGUUUUCUUUCACUUUCUUUUUUCUUUUCGUUCUUUCUUUCUUUCGUUUUUCUUUCUUUCUUCUUUUUCUUUUCUUUCUUUUUUUUCGUUUUCUUUUUUUUUUUUUUCGUUUUUUUCUUUUUUUCUUUUUCUUUCUUUUUUCUUUUUUCUUUUUUCUUUUUUUUUUUCUUUUUCGUUUUCUUUCUUUCUUUUUUUUCGUUUUUCUUUCUUUCUUUCUUUUUCGUUUUUUUCUUUUUUUGUUUUUUGUUUUUUUUUUUUUUUUCAUUUCUUUUUCUUUCUUUCUUUUUUCUUUUCUUUCUUUCUUUCUUCUUUUUUUUCUUUUCUUUCUUUUUUCUUUUUCGUUUUCUUUCUUUCUUUCUUUUUUUUUUUCUUUCUUUCUUUUUUUUUUUUCAUCUUUUUUUCUUUCUUUUUUUUUCUUUCUUUUUUUUCUUUUUUCGUUUUCUUUCUUUUUCUUUUUUUUUUUCUUUCUUUCUUUCUUUUUCUUUUUCUUUCUUUUUCUUUUUCGUUUUCUUUCUUUUUUCUUUCUUUCGUUUUUUUUUUUCUUUUUUUCUUUUUUCUUUUUUCUUUUUUUUUCUUUCUUUUUCUUUUUUUUUCUUUCUUUCUUCUUUUUUUUUUUUCUUUUUCUUUUUCUUUUUUUUUUUUUUUUCUUCUUUUUCGUUCUUUCUUUCGUUCUUUUUUUUUCGUUUUUCUUUUUUUUUUCGUUUUUCUUUUUUCUUUCUUUCUUCUUUUUCGUUUUCUUUUUUUUUUUUUUUCUUUUUCUUUCUUUCUUUUCUUUCUUUCUUUUUUUUUUCUUUCUUCUUUUUUUUUUUUCUUUCUUUCUUCUUUUUUUUCUUUUUUUCUUUUUCUUUUCUUUCUUUCUUUUUUUUUUUUCUUUCUUUCUUCUUUUUUCGUUUUCUUUCUUUCUUCUUUUUUUUUUCUUUCUUUCUUUCUUUUUUUUUUUUUUCUUUUUUCUUUUUUUUUUUCGUUCUUUCUUUUUUUUCGUUUUUCUUUCGUUUCUUUCUUUUUUCUUUCUUUCUUUCUUUCAUUGUUUUUUCUUUUUUUCUUUCUUUCAUUCUUUUUUCUUUCUUUUUCUUUCUUUUUUCGUUUUUCUUUCUUUCUUUUUUUUCUUUUCUUUUCUUUCUUUCUUUCUUUUUUCAUUCGUUUUUUCUUUUUCUUUUCCCUCUCACUUUCUGUUCUUUCUUUCUGUUCAUUUUUCUUUUUUCUUUCUUUCUUUCUUUCUUUCUUUCAUUCGUUUUUCUUUCUUUUUCCCUCUCACUUUCGUUCUUUCUUUCGUUCGUUCUUUCUUUCGUUUCUUUCUUUCUUUCUUUCUUUCUUUCAUUCGUUUUUCUUUCUUUUUCCCUCUCACUUUCGCUCUUUCUUUGGUUCGUUCUUUCUUUCUUUCUUUCUUUCUUUCUUUCUUUCUUUCUUUCUUUCCAUCGUGUCCACUUCUUUUUUGUUUGUUUGUUUGUUUCUUUCUUUCUUUCUUUAUUUCCCUCCCUUCCACUUCUUCUCUGCUUUUAUUUCUUUCUCUCUUUCUUUCUUCCUUUUGUAUGUUUGCUUCUUUCUUUCUUCUCAUCGCGUCCACUUCUUUUCUGCUUCAUGCUUUCUUUUUCUUUCUUUCUUUCUUUCUUUCUUUCUUUCUUUCUUUUUUCUUUCUUUCCAUCGCAUUCGCCUCUUUUUCUGCUUAUUUUUUCUAUCUCUCUUUCUUUCUUCCUUUUGUUUGCUUAUUUUUUCUUUUUUUUCUUUCUUUCUUCUCAUCGCGCCCACUUCUUUUCUGCUUCAUGCUUUCUUUCUUUCUUUCUUUCUUUCUUUCUUUCUUUCUUUUCAUCGCGUCCACUUCUUUUUUGCUUCAUGAUUUCUUUCUUGCUUUCUUUUACUUAUUUUUUUUUCUUUUUCUAUUGAAUAUCAUUCAUUUAUCUUUGCCUUCAUUUCCUUCCUCUAUUGUCUUCUUUCUUUCUUUCUUUCUUUCUUUCUUUCUUUUGUUUGCUUCUUUCUUUCUUUCUUUCUUUUGUUUGCUUCUUUCUUUCUUUCUUUCUUUAUUUCUGUUAUUUCUGUUUGGAGGAAAAUUACUUCACGCCCUCUCGCUUCUAUUGUCGAGUAUCUAUCUAUCUAUCUAUCUAUCUAACUAUCUAUCUAUCUAUCUUAGUCUGUUUGCAUUUGUUUAUUCUGCACAGCAUCUACUCGUACAAUGCUUGAACAAUAAUCAACGGAAAAGAGACAACUAUCUUAGCCAAAAGGUAGCUUCUUCUACCUCGUUUUCUUUCUCUCUUUUUCCUUCUUUUCCCUCGCUAUAUUUCUCCACUGAACUCCUCAUCCCUUCCUCUCCCCCUCUUCCUCUCCCCCUUCCUAUAUGUUUGAAUUAA